AGGCUGGUUGAAUGAGUUGCCUGUGAAAGCUACUUCAUCUGCAAGAAAGCACCAGUGACUGGGUCAGUACUCUAAAAUGAGUCUCUCUGGGGAGAGAGAGGAGGGGGGCCCUGCCUCUAAAAUUAAACUCUCUGGGGAACAUGACACCAAAGCUAAGAGUGCAAUCAAGAAGGAGAGACCAGCCUCCCCUGUACCCAGCUGUGUGUCCAUGAAGAGUGACUGUUCUAUGCAACAACCUAUAUUGUUUAGAGAGGGAGACUUUUCUACUGAACAAAGAAACCAACAGGAGAGAUCAGAGUCAGAGAUUCUCAGUGAUCAGUCUUCCCAGAGUCAUCAAACAGACCUGGCCUCCAUAUUCAGUAUCCUUGAAGAGAAUAUUAUGACAUUUGUGAAGAACGAGCUGAAGAUGUUCAAGAGGAUUCUUAGUCCAGAACUCCCAGAAGGCUUUGAGAGUCAGAAGCAGGAUAAGGAAGUGGUGGACACUGAAGAUGAGAAGCAGGAGAUUAGUGCCAGAGAGGGGGCUCUUAAGAUCACACUGCACGUCCUGAGGAAAAUGAACCAGAAGGAGCUUGCUGACACACUGGAGAAAAAUGAGCUUGCUGUGGUUUGCCAACGUGAACUCAAAUCUAAUCUAAAGAAGAAGUUUCAAUGUGUAUUUGAGGGGAUCGCUAAACAUGGAAACCCAACACUUCUCAAUAAGAUCUACACAGAGCUCUACAUCACAGAGGGGGGAACAGGAGAGGUCAACAAUGAACAUGAGCUGAGACAGAUUGAGACAACAACCAGGAAACAAACAAGACCAGAGACGCCAAUCAAAUGUAAUGACAUCUUCAAACCCUUAACUGGACAAGACAAACUUAUCAGAACUGUGCUGACAAAGGGAGUUGCUGGCAUUGGAAAAACAGUCUCUGUGCAGAAGUUCAUUCUGGACUGGGCUGAAGGAAAAGCAAAUCAGGAUGUCCAAUUUGUAUUUUCAUUCCCUUUUCGGGAGCUGAAUUUGAUGAAAGGGGACCAACACACUUUCAUUGAACUUCUCAAUCACUUCUCAAUGGAAACCAAACAAUCAAGAAUCUCCAACUUCGACAAGUACAAAGUUCUCUUCAUCUUUGAUGGUCUGGAUGAGUGCCGACUGCCCCUAGACUUCCAGAAGAACAAGAUCUGUUGUGACGUCACAGAGUCAACCUCAGUGGAUGUUCUGCUGACAAAUUUCAUCAAGGGAAAUCUGCUUCCCUCUGCUCUCCUCUGGAUAACUACCCGACCUGCAGCAGCCAAUAAGAUCCCUUCAGGGUGUGUUGACCAGCUAACAGAGGUACGAGGGUUCAAUGACCCACAGAAGGAGGAGUACUUCAGGAAGAGAUUCAGUGAUGAGGACCUGGCCAACAGAAUCAUCUCACACAUAAAGACAUCAAGGAGCCUUCACAUCAUGUGCCACAUUCCAGUCUUCUGUUGGAUUUCUGCAACAGUCCUUGAACACAUGCUGGAACAUAAGAGAGAAGAGAUGCCCAAGACUCUAACUGAGAUGUACACACACCUUGUGGUGUUUCAUACCAAACAGAAGAAUGAAAAGUAUCUUAGGAAAGAAGAGACAGGUCCACACUGGAAUAAAGAGAGCAUUCUGUCACUGGGAAAACUGGCUUUUCAACAGCUUGUGAAUGGCAAUCUGAUAUUCUAUGAAGAAGACCUGAAAGAGGCUGGCAUUGAUGUCAAUGAAGCCUCAGUGUACUCAGGAUUGUGCACACAGCUCUUUAAAGAGGAAAGUGGGCUGUACCAGGACAAGGUGUACUGCUUUGUUCAUCUGAGCAUUCAGGAAUUUCUGGCUGCUGUAUAUGUGUUCCUCUCAUUCAUCAACAACAAUGAGAAUCUAAUGGCCGAACCGCAAUCAACGUCCUGGAACUUUUCUGUGAGGAUCAAACAAAGGCGUAAAGUUACUUUCUACAAGAGUGCUGUGGAUAAAGCCUUACUAAGUGAGACGGGAAACCUGGACCUUUUCCUCCGCUUCCUUCUGGGCCUCUCACUGGAGUCCAAUCAGAAGCACUUACGAGGUCUACUGACAAAGACAAGAAGCAGCUCACAGAGCCAUGAAGAAACAAUCAAGUACAUCAAGGAGAAGAUCAGGGAGAAUCCCUCUCCAGAGAGGAGCAUCAAUCUCUUCCACUGUCUGAAUGAACUGAAUGACCAGUCUCUAGUGCAGGAGAUCCAAAGAUACCUGAGAUCAGGAAGUCUCUCAAAACCCAACCUGUCCCCUGCACAGUGGUCAGCUCUGGUCUUUGUGUUGCUGACUUCAGAAAAGGAGCUGGAUGUGUUCGACCUGAAGAAAUACUCCAGAUCAGAGGAAGGUCUUCUGAGGCUGCUGCCAGUGGUCAAAGCCUCCAGAGCUGUUCUGUUGUCAGGCUGUGGAGUCACAGAGAAAGGCUGUGCUUCUCUGGUCUCAGCUCUGGAGUCAAACCCCUCACACCUGAGAGAGCUGGAUCUGAGCUACAAUGACCUGAAGGAUUCAGGAGUGAAGCUGCUCUCUGCUGUACUGGGGAAUCCCCACUGUAAACUGGAGACUCUGAGACUCAGUGGAUGUAAACUCACAGACACAUCCUGUAAAGUGUUGGCCUCAGUUCUCAGUUCAAACCCCUCACACCUGAGAGAGCUGGAUCUGAGUAACAAUGACCUGAACGAUUCAAGAGUGAAGCUGCUAUCUGCUGGACUGGCGAAUCCCCACUGUAAACUGGAGACUCUGAGGCUGUCAGGCUGUCUAGUCUCCAAGGAAGGCUGUGCUUCUCUGGCCUCAGCUCUGAGUUCAAACCCCUCACACCUGAGAGAGCUGGAUCUGAGCUACAAUCACCCAGGAGACUCAGGAGUCAGACUGCUCUCUGCUGGACUGGAGGAUCCACACUGCAGACUGGAGAAACUCAAUGUGGAACAUGGUGGAGAGUACACAAUGAAACCUGGGCUGAGAAAAUAUGUCUGUGAUCUCACACUGGACCUAAACACAGUAAACAGACUCCUCUCUCUAUCUGAGGAGAACAGAAAGGUGACAUGGAGGAGACAGCUGCAGCCGUAUCCAGAACACCCAGAGAGAUUUGAGGACUGGCAGCAGGUGCUGUGUAGAGAGGGUCUGACUGGGCGCUGUUACUGGGAGAUAGAGUGGAGUGGGAGAGAGGUUGUUAUAGGAGUGACAUAUAAAGGAACCAACAGGAGAGGAGAGUUUAAUGACUGUUAUCUUGGAUACAAUGACAAGUCCUGGAGUCUGUUCUGCUCUGACAUCAAUUACAGAGCCUGUCACAAUAAUAAUUCCAUUAGCAUAGACGUCUGCCCCUCUAGCUCCCACAGAGUAGGAGUGUAUCUGGACUGGCCAGCUGGCACUCUGUCCUUCUAUAGAGCCUCCUCUGACACACUGACCCACCUGAUCACAUUCACCUCCAUAUUCACUGAACCCCUCUAUCCAGGGUUUAGGGUUUAUGAUGUUGACUCCUCAGUGUCCCUGUUAAUAAUAACCUGACACACACACUGGACACACACACACACACACACACACACAGGACACACACUUACACACACUGGACACACACACACACACACACACACACAGGACACACACUUACACACACUGGACACACACACACACACACACACACACACACACACACACACACACACACACACACACACACACACACACACACACACACACACACACACACACACACACACACACACACACACACACACACUGGACACACACACACACGUCACUCAAUACUCCCAAAACAACAUGCAGUCUUUCCAUAAGACUCCAGCAGCCUUUGUAUUUUGAGGACCUUAGUCACUCCAAAAGUGAACAACCCACCUGGGAAAACUUCCCCCGAACAGAACGAGAUGGAGGACAUUCGUCAUCUGCCUAUGAGCUUAAGUCAAGUGUGUCCCAUUAAAUAUUCAGAGGUACACCAAGAUAGCCAGAAGUAUCUCAUACACUUAUUGUCUCUGAUCUGCAACUAUUCUGUUGUGUACAUAGAACUGUACUAUUCUGUUGUGUACAUAGAACUUUACUGCUCUCCAGUCCCUGUUUACUAGCACUUGGGGAGAAGCAGCAAUGCAUUUCUCACAGUCUUGUUUUCCAGGCGUUUUUCCCAUUCGGAUAAAUUCAUCGAGAAAUCUUCAACUGCAUCCACCUCUAUUGUCGACCAAUACCUUUUUGUUCCUUUGGCACCUUUGGAAAGAGAUGACACUGUGAAUGACUACAUUCUAUAAAGGCUGACUACAAUACAGUGCUUGAACAUCUCUGUAUUAACUCUACAGGUUACAGCUGUAUCUGCAGAGUGUGUUGAGGUUUAACUAACAAUCCCAACUAAAUAACUAAAUAGACAAGGAUGUGAGAGAAGAAUGUGCAAUGCUGACAUCAAGGCAGACUCAAUCUGUAUGGAAUCUAAGCCCAACAAUCUGUUUGCAAUGUAAACCUUCUAAUAAAAGCAAUACCUUUUAAA